CCGACGCCCUUUUGUCUCUGACAAUCGGCAUGAGGGGCCAAUCAUCCAACGUGGGCGGCGCGGGAAUGACGCGCCAAAAAGUGUAGCUCCGAUAAUUAAGUCGUUGCGUCAAAGCUUCCCGUCGCCUUCGUCACCACUUAUACACGCCCAUCACUCCAGAAGACAAUGCGCACAACGCCCUUUUUGCGCAUCCAGCCCUCUGACAAGACCCCUCGCACCGCUUCGAGGCUAUCCCCCACCUCCCUGCUGCCACUCCCAAAGUAGGCAACAUGGCGAUGGCCACGCAGCGAGCCGAGGCAGCGGAUCCAACCGGCGUGGGAGAAGUGUCGCUCGGCCAAAAAAUGAUGUCUGCCGUCUCGGGUAGUGUCCUCACGUCGUUGCUGGUCACCCCUCUCGACGUCGUCCGCGUACGACUACAAUCGCAAGAAACCGUCCCGACCACCUCGCCACGCCCACGCGGAUUCAAUGGCCCAACACUCACACAAUUCCGCGAUCUACCACCCAAUCUCGGCAUCUCCUCGUGCUGCAGAGAGGUUUUUUGGAUGAACAACAAGGCACCCUUCUGCGUAGCGGGGCCAACUAUGGCGCCCAUAAACCCCGCCGAUUUGAGCUGUGCCGUGGAGGAGGUCGAACGCAAAACCAUAAAUAGCACAUGGGACGGUCUGCGCAAGAUUGCCCAGAACGAGGGCCCGCGGACACUCUGGAGAGGACUGUCACCGACCCUAGUCAUGGCAGUGCCUGCAAACGUCAUCUACUUCGCCGGAUACGACUGGCUGCGAACAGCACAAGCCUCACCUUUGCGACAAACUGUUUCCGAUGCGUACAUACCAUUAGUGGCAGGAGCCGCUGCACGAGUUCUUGCUGCCGUAGCAGUGGGUCCCAUCGAAAUAUUCCGAACACGAAUGCAGGCAGCAAAUUCUACUGCCACCGCCGCUGGGCACUUCCGCGAUACAAUGGACGGGCUUAGAGAAAUGGUCGCCAGCCAGGGUGUCUCCAGUUUGUGGAGAGGCCUCACAUUAACCCUCUGGCGCGAUGUACCUUUCUCUGCCAUGUACUGGUGGGGCUACGAAGCCACAAGAAACGUUUUGACAGACCAACGAGGAAGAAGGGAGGCUAGGAACGAUGGUUUCGAAUUCCGCAUGGGCCGAGGCGAGGAGAGAGUACGGAGAAGAAGCAGGUCAAGAAGCCAGGAAAACCAUAGAGAUACAUUGGUCGACAGCUUCAUCGCUGGUGCUACGUCAGGAGCAGUUGCUGCUUUCAUCACUACACCGUUUGAUGUUGGAAAGACACGCCAACAAGUUGCGCGGCACAUGGGCGACACUGCAAAGGACAUCGCAAACUCAACACGGCCAGAAGACCAAUCCAUGCCACGCUUCCUCGCGCAUAUUUACCGCGAACAAGGCAUGCCGGGUCUGUUCAAGGGCUGGGCAGCCAGAUGUCUCAAGAUCGCGCCUGCAUGCGCUAUCAUGAUUAGCUGCUACGAGUUCAGUAAAAAGAUGGCCUUAGAUAUGAAUGGACGACGGGAACGGGAACGAUUAGAAGCAUGAACUGCAAUACGCCACACCACCAACCCCGGUGCGUAGCACACCACAUCCAUUACUCGCGUUAUCGGCUUCACACAUCAUAUGAUAAUUGCAUAGCGGCGCAUUGGGAGCGUACAGGUUAAAACCCACUCAUGGU